CUCCUUUCUUCAAAAUGUCAACAAACACGAUGGACCCAAGCGUUGACGCGCAGAGCGUUGUGAUGUAUGGAGUCAUAGCAGGGACUUUUGGGCUGGCCGGGUGGUUGGUGUGGAAGCGAUGGUUUGAAGGACCGCUUACAGGACGUGGUCGAAACGCACCUGGGUUCCAGACUAAUGUCCAGAAGGCUUGGGUACCGAACCCCAACGCCGGUAAACCUAUCCGCGGUGACAUUAUCGAACGAGACGACCGCCACCUCUACCAAUCCGGAACAACAUCCAUCUCCUAUUCCAACACCUCUUCUUCUACACCUUCACCCGCCACAAACGCGUCGAAAUCGUACGACGAUGACUGGAUACCUUCGUCUCAUAAGAAAGCGACGAAGGGCUCGAAGGCGGUGGAUUCGGGUGCUGAUACGGAGACGGGUGGGGAAAGUGAGGGGCCGGGAGCAGGGAAGACGAAGAGGAGGAAGGGGAGGCGGUGAUUUCUUUUGUGUCGUGAAUGUUUGUGUAUUGGUGUGUAUCUAUUGUGAAUGUGAUUUAUUGUCCAUGGGUAGCCUCC